AUGAAUAUCUUGUAGAGGUUUAUCUAAAAUAAAAAAAAUUGUUCACUUAGCUUACAUAGUUUAACUGCUAAGAACAAAUAUAACUAUAGGCCAUUUUAAGAUGUUGUAGACAAUUAGAUUUUAGGAAAUUUGCAUAAGUUUAAUUAGGAUAUCUACAUGAACUAGAAACAAAUCGAUUAGUUCUCUGAUAAGAUAUUUAGCAUCCAUAACAGCUAGAAUUUGAUUUUCUUAUUCAGAUUAUUUAAGCUAUUCAGACUUACUAAUGAUUAAUUAGAUUAGCUGUAUCAGGCUUAGCGCAGAAAAUAUCAAGAUUUUCAUAGAAUCCGUAUGCAAGCAGUUUCAACUACUAUAAAAAUAGCAGAUCAAAAGCAAAAAUAAGAAGAAAUAAGAAAUAAAAAUGAAAGUAUGAGUGAAAAAAACUAAAAAGAAGAUGAUAGAUUAGAUGAAUUUGACGAAGAAGGAGAAGCUUUUCAGAAAUAAGAAGAUUAAAAAUCAUAUGUUGAUAAUUAAAAAAAGGACAGAUCAAUCUAAGCAGUUUUAAGCAUUUUAUAUAAAUAAAAAAAAGAAUUAGAAUAAGUUAUUUGGUAAAUUGAAAAUAUGCACUCAGGUCGCUUGAAUAUAUUUUUAUAUCAUAUUUUUAUGAAUAAACAAUUAAAUAAAUUGAUUGAUUUGGGAUUGGACUUAUCUUCUUCAUCUGACUAUCAUUUUUUCAUAGAAGCAUACAACUAAGUGGAAAGAUAAAAAGUCACUGCAGAGCAAAUGACUCUUAUUCUUCAAAUAUUAAGUAAUAAUCCUAGAUUUGAAGAACUUCCAAAUAUAUUUGAAGGAGAACUUGAAAGUAUAGUUUAGUGCAUUAGCAAUAAGCAAAUAAAUUACUCAUUGGGCAAGUUCAUUAUCAGACUUGGCAUAAACGAGUUGGUUUAAAGAGGAGAAGAAAUAGUUGGCUGCGAAUAGAGUGGAACAUUCGAUUUAGUUAACCCACUUCAAAUUCAUCUCGAUUCGUUAACCCUUUCUCUCUUUUUAUUUGACUUAAAAAAUAAAGUAUAAGGAAUAGAUGUAAACUUUUUCGUCAAGUUCAAUAUGAAUGACAUCUUACAGAAAUUAUCUCUUGAAGAGAUCGAUCAGCUGAUAUCUGAGUUAAUUAAACAUAAAAGAACAGAUUCUAAGGAUUUGCAUAGAGAUAUUAUUUUAUAUUUAAUUUCUUAAAUUAUUGAAAACUCAAUGAUUCAAGCAUAAAACUUUAAAAUUUAUAAUGACGUAUUACUGAACUAAACUAAAUUGGCAGUGAAAUAUAGAUAAUUUGCAGACUAAAAUGCUCUUACGUCACUUUUAAACCAAAUUGCUUCAGAAAUAAUUAACCAUACAGCAGGUAGAGCAUAGCUAUCUAAUACUUUUACUAAUUACAUAUCAGAAUUCUUAGACUUCUGUCCUCACGACUUGUGUGACUUCUUCUAACUUUUUGAAGCCUUCUUCUUAAAGCAAAAGGUAGAAGCAAUAUCUUACAAGUAGCUUCUUAUUAUUUAUAGACAAAUGGCUUUAACUGGAGUUGAUUAUGAAGAGUAUCUUUAAAUAUGCUCUAAAGUUUUUUCUUAAAAUAAAAAUAUAAUUAUCUAAGAAAAUUUACAUGAAUAAAUUAUCUCCUUAGCUGAAAAAUUACAUGACGUAUAAACUGGCAAUAUAUUUGGUGUCACUGUUGGACCAAAGCCAAGACUUCCUGAUAAUAUUGAAUUCUUAAGCGAUCUAUCCGAAUCUGAAGGAGAAGAAACAAAUGAAGAUAAAGCAUAAAAUAAAAAUAAUUGA